CAAAACCUCUCUCUCUCUCAUCAGUCUCAUCUCUCAGGCUAUACGCCGACGCACAUGAGUUCCGCUCCUCCGCCGCACCCAGUAUCACCAACCCCCACUCUCUCUCCUCUCCCUAAACUUCUCUCGCAUGAGUAGUCUCUCUGCUCAAUGAUCCUCUGCGCGAGAGCUUUUAAAGCUUGCGCUUUCGCUCUCGCCGCCGCCACCACCAACAAACCUUUCUCUCUCUUCAGGGUACGCCUUCUCUUCCCUCUCUUCUCUUCCUUAGCUGCUAACUAUCCCACCACAACCGCAACAACCAACGGAAUAGCCCCAGUACUCUCCGAAACCCAUUACAGAGAACUCAUAAUCUCCGCCAUUGAAGAAAAGCCCUGGGCUUUCUCCAACCCCAACUGGGUCGUCCCCGACCACCAGCUCCGACCCGUCAUUCUCGAUCCCUAUUUGUUCGCCCGAGUCCUACGUUCGAUUCGUGAAAAACCCAGAAUCGCCUUGCGGUUCUUCCGAUGGGCGGAGGGCCAACCAGAAUUUCGCCGCUCCGAGUUUGGCUUCUGCGCGAUUCUUGAGAUUUUGGUCGUUAACAAUUUGAUGAGGUCUGCUUUUUGGGUUGCUGAGAGAGCGAUUGUUGUGAAUAAUAUGCACGGGAUUGUGGAUGUUUUGAUUGGUGGGUAUGUUUGUGAUAAGGUUUCUAUUAAGAUUCUUGAUUUGGUGUUGUGGGCUUAUACGAAGGAAUCCAUGAUUGAGCAAUGUCUUAGUGUUCUUGACAAAAUGGUGAGAAAUGGGUUGUUGCCUGAUGUCAAGAAUUGUAAUAGGAUUUUGAGAAUACUUAGAGAUGCGAAUCUUGUAUCUAAGGCUAAAGACGUUUAUAGAACGAUGGUUGAGUUAGGAAUUAAGCCCACAAUUGUUUCUUAUAAUACUUUGUUGGAUUCUUUCUAUAAAGAAGGAGAGCUUCAACAAGCGCUUGAACUUUUGAUCGAGAUGCAGAAGAGCGGGUUUGUUCCAAAUGAAGUGACUUAUAAUGUGUUGAUUAACGGUUUGUCGAAGCAAGGGGAGUUUGAGCAGGCCAAGGGACUAAUUGGGAAGAUGUUGAGGUCGGGAUUAAGUGUUUCCGCUAAUGCAUUUAACUCUUUGAUUGCUGGUUAUUUCAAGAGAGGAUUGCUCAACGAGGGGUUGGGUGUUGUGGAGGAGAUGGUGAAGAAAGGCGUCUCCCCUACAAUAAGAACUUACAACACAAUUAUUUCCGGCCUCAUCAAAUGGGGAAGGAUGGGUGAUGCGAGCUGGUGGUAUUUGGAUAUGUUGGAGAAGAAAGUGAUGCCGGAUAUAAUCACAUACAAUAGUCUGAUAUACGGGCAUUGUAGGUUGGGAAGAGUGAGGGAUGGUUUCCUCUUGUUUGAAGAGUCGAAAUAUAGGAAUCUUGUUCCUACUAUUGUUACAUAUAAUACUCUUAUUGAUGGGUUUUCCAAAUCGGGGGACUUGGAGACUGCUUGGCGUCUCAAGGAAGAGAUGGUCGAUCGAGGACUUCACCCUGAUGUUGUUACGUAUACCAUCCUGAUAAAUGGAUAUCAUAAGGCUGGGAAUUUACAAAUGGCCAAGGAGAUUUAUGAUACCAUGUUGAAAGAAGGUAUAAAGCUAGAUAAGUAUGCAUACAAUACUCUAAUAGCGGGUGAACUGAGGCUCGGGCAUCCAUCUGCAGCAUUUAGUUUGCAAGAAGAGAUGCAAGCGAGUGGUUUCUCUCCUGACUUGAUCACUUACAAUAUCUUUGUGAGUGGAAUGUGUAAACUGCGCAGUUUGGAAGAAGCGUAUCAGUUAUUUGAGAAUAUGGUACGUGACGGUAUCGUCCCUGAUCACGUAACAUAUACGAGCAUCAUUCAUGCUCACUUGGUAAGUGGGCAUCUCAGGAAAGCCAGAGCAGUGUUCUACCAUAUGUUAAACAAAGGAGUGUCGCCUACGGUUGUAACCUAUACGGUAAUGAUCCAUGCGCACGUAGUUAUGGGAAGACUAGAACUCGCAUUUAUGUAUUUUUCAGAGAUGCAGGAGAAGGGUAUUUCGCCAAAUGUGAUCACGUAUAACUCUCUGAUUUAUGGUCUUUGCAAAGGUGGGAUAAUGGAUCUGGCUUACAAUUUCUUUUUUGAGAUGGACGGAAAACAAAUACUUCCGAACAAGUAUACAUACACUAUUCUAAUAAACGGAAACUGCAACAUGGGCAGUUGGCAGGAGGCCAUCAGCUUGUAUAAGCGAAUGCUUGAUAGAGAAAUUCAACCCGAUUCUUGUAGUCAUAGUGCCUUUUUCAAACUAUUGAACAAAGACUACAAGCGGCAGGCGAUUGAGUACCUCGAGAAUAAAGUUCUAGCUAGUGAAGAAACUGUACAUUCAAGGACUUGAAAAAUGGUGUUCUCGGUUUCUAAGAUGAAUUGCAAGAAGGACGUGUAGUGGUAUUUGUCACCACCAAACCGAAGCUGCUCCAUCACCAACUGGGCAAAUUUUUUAGAUGAUGCUCAGAUGGGCUCUGAAGGAAGGCUGCUAAACGGGUGAGCCGUUUUUUGCCUCAUUUUUGUUUCAUGGCUAACUGCAAUUGGAUUUACUUGAAAUUGUUAGUUGGAUUGGAUAAUUCAUUAUACCUAAAUAACGGAAUCAAAGUUUUACAGUGAAGAGUCAAUAAGGGGUAUGCAGAUAUAUUCCACUUUGUCAAGUUGCUUCAAAUAAAUUUCCCAUCUAUUUAUUCAUUCUUUUAACAAUUCUUUUUGGAAAGAGGGAGAGUGGAAGGAGGAAAGGGGUAUGUACCUUCUUCAUGUAUGAUUAUGUUCAAAGGUAAAAACUUUGA